AUGGAAAUAUUGCGAAAAUAUAAACAACAUGGAUAUUUUACACCUGAAUUGUUUCAUUUACUUGAGAAGAAAAGAGUUGUGGAUGCUUCAGAAGCAAUUAUACCAUCUGUGUAUGAAAGAGAAAUGCGGAUGAGUACAGCUGAACGAUUGCAAACCUUAAAUAGUAUUUUGAUUGAUAACAUCAUCGUUACAGACAACGAUACGAAAACACGACAGCACGUUAUACUGUCAUUCACACCAAGAAUCAUAAUAUUCCAAAAUUUUAAGCCAAACGAAAAAAUAAUUGCUAAAUUCUGCGUCAAGAAUAUUAGCACUACUCCGACUUACCUAAAAAUGGUGUUUAAAGAAUCUUCUUAUUUCUCUAUAAAACUGAACCGGGAACAGCCUGUAUCUAGACUAGCUCCCGGCAUGAACAUUGCUUAUGUCGUCACUUUUGUACCCACACAAAUGGAGGACUACGUUCACAGGGUGGUAUUUUAUACGGACAGGGAUCAUCCUUUUUCUGUAGAACCGAAAUCAGCAUAUUUAAACUGUGAUGAGAAAAUUGAAAUUAAAGUUUCUUUUAAAACCAUGCACUUGGGAAAUGUUGAAGGUACAUUGCGCGUUAUGUUUGAAACAGGAGAAGUUUUUAAAAUAGCAUUAUCGGGCACAGCGCAUACUGUGAAUGUAAUAUUAGAAAAGCAAAUAGUUAGAUUUCCCGAUACAUACAACGGUAUGGUGCGUCAACAAACAUUCAAAAUUACCAACAAAUCUGACUACGUUCUUACUUAUGUCUGUAUGAAGAAUGAAUCCGUCUAUUAUGAUUUUAAAGACAAAAUCAAACUUGCGACUGUCUUUUACAAUAUGAAAGAGAGUGAGGCCGCUAAAUGUGCAAAGUUAGUUCGCUACGACGUCCUGAGCAGCGCCGAGCAUGACAGAGUUUACACUAGAAUAUUCUACGAUGAGAUACAAGCUCUUGUCGCAGAUGAAACUUUAUUAUUUCAGAAUACACAUUUCUCAAUGUCUCCUAUCAAAGGUCAGCUAUGGCCAAAUAAAACUACAGAAAUAGUUUUAUCAUUCGCGCCCAAACAAAUAGGAGACCUAGAAGCUUUAGUUUAUCUAGAUAUAGAUGGCGUUAGUGAUCGAGUUAUGUUGAAGAUAACCGGGACAUCGUUGCCACCCACGAUACAUUUGAAUCUCGAAACACUAGAUAUGAGUUCUGUUUAUAUAAAUAUACUCUAUAACUACGAAAUAAUUGCAAUAAAUAAAGGUCAUAUAAAUGGCGUCAUUGCAUACAAAGAUGUGGUAACACUCUUCGGAAGUAAAAUAACAUGUACUCCGGAGUACCGGUGUUUGAGACCUGGAGAAAAGGACAUUUUCGUCGUUUCCUUCUUUAAUUCUAACCCUGGACCUUUCUUCGAAGAAAUUAAUUUUGUCAUACGCGACACAGAUGUAAAGCUUAAAGUUUACUUAAAAGGUACUGUUAUCUAUCCGUCAAUAAAAUUCAGUGUACCAUCAUUGGACUUUGGUGACGUCAGUCUAGGUGUUCCUAAAACUCUAUCACUGGACAUAAUAAAUGAAUCCAAUGUACUUGUUUCGGGUACCGUUUCUAUACCGUCAGACGGCUUGGAAAUUAGAAGCAUUACUUUGACAGAUUACGCUGUAAAUGACAUCCCAAAACCGGAGUUGCCAACAACGCCGAAAGAAUUUAAAAUCGAACCUAGGAAAAUAAUAAUUGAUCCGGAAUCUAUUUUUACAGUCAAGAUUACUUUGACAGCAAAUUUGAUAAGAAACAAUAACACAUCAUUUGAGUUGGAGUUUGAGAAGUCGGACAAGAGACCGAUGGUGUUGCCAGUGACGUACAAUGCUAUGGUGCCACAGAUUAUACCCGCGCCGGAUUUACAUUUGAGAGCAUGUUUUAGAGGCUUCCCAUAUGUUAAUGAUAUAAACAUACGGUCCAACAAUUUCCUAGGCUACUUUGUUGUUGAAGAACCCGAGGAAUCAAUAUUUGACGUUAAAAUUGAUUUAAAGGAAGGUUAUAUAGAACCGAUCAGCACAACAUGUUUUAAGCUUACGACAACGGCUACUGCUCUCGGAUCCCAUGAAUUUCCUCUCCGCUUACGUCUUUUCGGUGUACCGGACCCGAUUCAAAUAUGUUAUGUGACGGGUUACGGCGUCAGUCCGAUAGUAACUUGCAGUCCGACCUUUCUACAUUGGGGCCAAGUCAAACUGCUUAAGAAAUCACAAAAAACUUUAGUUCUUUGCAACGAUUCCCCAGUUGAAGUAAAUUUUAAGACAUCUUGGUUUAACCGCGAGUGUAAAUGGCAAAUUGAACCCGAAGAAGGUGUAGUAGAAGCGGAAUCGGAAAUAAAUCUGACCGUUAGUUUGACUCUGGUUGAUGCUGAAACGUAUAACAAUAAAGUGGUCAUACAAUUGGAAGAUAUGAAAGAUAUCUUGGUUCCAGUUACGGUAACGGGUGUGGGUACAAGCAUAGUGAUAGGAGAUUUGGGAGACAGGAUUGAGCUCGGUCACCAUUUCACAAGGAUUCCGUUGAAUUGUAAAAUAAUGAUGGAAAACCGCGGCACACGCCUUCACGCCUUGGAGUGGAGCGAACAUUACAAGACGCCGAAAAACAAGCAGCAAGCAGUAGCAUUUUUUAACCUAGAACCAAGGUCUUUUAAAAUAAAUGCUAGUGAACAAUUAGACUUGACAAUAACUGGUCUCUCGCACAAAGUGACCGUAGUGAAAGAGAUAUGGUAUUUAGUUGGCAGCAUCGAAGGUGUCAACAAGAAAGAACUGUUGCUGGAAUGCAAAAUUACAGCAGAGUUUGUUGAUCCCAAAAUAGAAAUAUCUACGCCUUCAAUGGAUUUUCAGUAUGAUAAUGGUCCUUAUAAUGAAUAUUAUAGAUUAACAGACAUUCUCAUAAUAAAAAAUGUAUCAACACUGCCACUGGAUUUAGAGAUUACUAUCAAACCACCAUUUGCUCUAAUACAAAAGCAGAGUUCAUAUAAAAUUAUAUCGGGUGAAGAAGAUUUUUGUCACUGUAUAACUUAUACGGAGUCUGAUUUAAAAUUAUGUAAUAUAACAGCCGACAAUAGCCGGGAAGAGACAAUUAAAUUGAUAGAUUUCUUGACACUGCAACCAGUUUAUCCAUUGCGUCAGGGAAGCUUGCAGUUUUUUGAAGACAUUCAUAAAAUAAAACGUAUUUUCAAUUUGACUCAUGUCAUUGAAGAACACUUGGAGGAUCAAGAAAUGAUGAAAGUCCAAGCUUUAUUUGAUACAACGAAACACGCGACGUUGAAGGCUCGAAUCUAUAGUGACGCUAUCAAAAUAAAGUUCAAGGGUCACAAAAAUAAGGACUCUGUAAAAGUUGUGGGAAAAAUAAAUUUCCCCAAUAUACUUGUUUUAACACCGAGAAUUGAUUUUCAAUGUUUACUAAACGACUACAUUGAGGGUAAGACAAUAAAAAUACAAAACGUAACUCCACUGAUCGCUUGUUAUCAGUUGAGUUGGAAAAAGAUCCUAAUAACACCGUUUGCAUCUGCAAUGACUCGACCAACUAAUUUACACGAAGUUGAUGGUAUACCAAUAAAAACUGAAUUAAGCCCGUCAAUUUCCAGUACAUACUUACCUUAUCGAUCUGAAAUAUUUUCUUAUGAAAUAAAUAAUACUAAUAGUUCAAUUGCCACAACAAUACAAACAGAAACAGAACCAAAACUCACUAUGAAACUUAAAGAGAACCUUAUGAAAACAGUUUUACCAAUGUUAGAUGAACAAUUAGAACCGAAGUUUAAAUGGCUACACAAAUUUCCUGAAACGAAUGAGAUAGAAGGUGACCUUAUUAACAAUAUAUUGACUUUGAUACCUCAUAGGGGUAAAUUGAAGCCGAAUGAAGUACAGUAUAUAAAUGUAAUGUUCCGACCGAUGAUCAACAUGAACGUCAGAGCUGUAAUAGAAUGCCAAGUCUUAGGAGGACCGACGGAAUAUAUAACCGUGACUGGACAAUCGUCGUAUUUAAUGUACACUCUUAGUACUACAAAAAUAAAUAUGAAAAUAAGAUCAUUCCACGAAAAUGCAUUUGAAUACUUGCGUAUUAUGAAUAAAGCACUUUUGCCUUUUGAAUUUAAAACUUAUUUGAAUGAGCCGAAAUUCGAAAACGAUCUAUACGGUACGAUUUUGGAUAUCGUUCCCGCGGAUAAUUUAUUACAGUCGGAAGAAACGACCGAUUUAAAAGUAUUUACCAGACCUGGAGUACUGGGAUAUUUUAAGAGACAGUUUUUAUUGGAAAUAGGUCAUUUGCCUGUGAUUCCAAUAAAAGUUUACGGUUGGGGUGUCAUACCGCAAAUUUAUUUGACAAUCCCGAGACCUUUCUUAAGUGAAGCCGAUCCGGAGUUGGGCUACAUCGCAAUCGCCAUGUUGACAGAUGGAUAUCUCGAGUCUCUUAAUGCAAUGUUUAAGAAACCCAUAUCUGAACAUUUAAACUCACCAUUGAUUGAGAGAUGUUUUGAAGAUCCCAUAUUUACACAAGACUGGCAUUUGUGCUCUAUAUUGGACGCGUAUCCAUCUAUAAUGGAUAUAGAAAUGGCAAUAGAAAGGAUAUUAGUAAUGAAUUAUCUAAGGUUGCACCCAGAAGUACUCGCCGCGCACACGUCUUCUAGUAAAACCAGGCCGAUCGCAGGAUUUAACACUGUUCCUUACGUUAUUGAUUACGGUGUAGUUAUUACUGGAUGUACGGUUGAGUACACUAUUGAAGUAUUUAACUACGGACCUUUGGUCACCAAACUGCAUUUGAGCAAGAACACUAUCGUUCCCGAUUGGUUAAUUUUGAAAUUAUGUGGAAAAUUAAGUCCGGGCGAAGUCGGAUAUAUUGAUAUAACUUUUAACUCUGACAGUGAACAUUUUCCUGAACCGGAACAGAAUGUUGAAGUUUCGAUUAACUUGGAGGUACCGUACGGUGUUACGAUUCCAGUGAAGUUCAAGGCACUAUGCGCAGUUCCUUAUUUGGUAACCAGUAUUCAAUCAAUAGAUUUUGGUUCUGUUAAAUGUGGCAAUAAAGUUAUUUAUUCAAUACCUUUGAAAAACGUAGGGAAGCCUGUAUGCAUAUGGUACGCUACACUAAAGCUCAAAACCCCCGGGAUCAAUCCUAUAACAAUAUUGGACACUUCGGGGAAAUACGAACCCGGAGAGAGCGGUUGGUUCAGUAUUGCUUUUAAGCCCACAGUGGAGAUGACAUUCGAAGGUUUAAUAAUCUUUAGAUUCCAUAUGAAUCCAAAACGUAUGACAAUACCUUUCAUAGGCAAUGGUGUGAUGCCGCAGGUCCAUGUUAUCGGACCGAAUAUAAGUUUUCCGCCAACGUUACCGUGGGCUGAAACUACGGAACAUUUCUUUGGUCUUACGAAUCCUUGUCCGUUUCCGAUUGAACUUAUUAUAGCUCAUAGCGAUAUAAAAAUAAAAAGUCCGAAAAAAGCACUUCGACAAAACGACCCAUCUCCAAAACGCCAAAGGACCGAAGCUGAAGUGAUGGCAGACGAGCUACGUUCAAUGAAAGAAAAUAAAAUAGAUCCACUAAAAGAGUGUUUACAUGAACAUACUGCGAAGGAUACGCAAACUGAAAGACAGACUAAAGGCCUUAUUGUUUUCUUCCACGGAUCUCCAGCCGAAGGUGAAUUAUUGUGGCACUGAUGUCAUAAUGUUAUUAUUAUAAUUUUAGAAGGACAAUGUCAAGAAAUUGCAUAUUCAGUGGGAAAACACCUCAAAUUACCUACGAUAAGUAUUGAUAUGUGUUUUGUUGAGGCUCUUUGCAUCAGCAAUACGUCAGUCAAAGAGAUUUUGGUUAAGGUUAUUGAUGAAAUGUAUGAGAUUUCUAGAAUGGGAAUGAGGAAAGAAGAUGGAGGGGAAACAGAAAUGGAUAUGGAAGAAUUUUUUGACACCGGUGAUGAAUUUGAAACGUUAUUAAAAAAGCUUGACGUUAUAACAAAUAGUAAAUCAAUUGCAACUCCAAAAUCAAAAGUCAGUGACAAAAAGAAGAAGAGGUCAGCCUCGUCUUUUGUGUCGCAAACCUUACUGGACGCCAUGGGAUCUACUACGAUGUUUAAUUUGGAAUUAAUUCAAGAACUAAUGACUGACUAUUUUAAUCAGCCUAGAUUCAAUCGAGGUUUUGUUAUUGACUCAUUAACAAGUUUUAUAUUCAAAAGUCCUCCGGUUGUGCUCACAACCGUUCUUAAAUGCAAGUCUUCAAUAGCGGAUAUACACUUGGUGCUAUGUCACUCUACCUUUACCAAAUGGGCUCAGCUAUUUGAAGAGUCGCAAAAAGAAGAAGAUUUAUUGGAGGAAAAUGUACCAAAAGUAUAUACCGAAGAGGAAAUAAAAGAAAUAGUGGAAGAAUUUGAAAAUAUGAGUUAUGAUGAAUAUGAGAAUGCGAGCGAUGAAUUAAAAUCUGUUUACAUUACCUAUGGCUUGGAAGAGAGACGUAAAAAGUAUUUGUUAAAAAUAGGAACCUCUGAUGAAAUUAUCAAGAAAGAUAAAGAUGGAAAAGGUUAUGCCAGAUCUCUAUUAGCUACGAUGAGUGGCGACGAGGCAAAGAAGAAAGCAAAAAAGGAAGAUGUAAAAGUAAAACCGAACAGCGAAUAUAUGGCAAUGAAUGUCAAAUACAAUGAAUAUAAUAAAAAUGUCUACGACAAUUUAUUCAAUAUCGCAAAUAACUGGAUAGUAGAUCAGUGCGACAUGGGAUACCCACUGAUUGGCCUUAACGGACAGGUCGUACAAUCGAGCCAAAAGAAAAUAAAAAAGAAAUCUGAAUUGUUAAUUCAGGUGACUUCAUCUCAAACAUCUACAACUGAGAUACCGUUUACAUCAUCAACACGAAUAUCCACAGACAAAAGCGAUAUAGAUGUAUUUUAUCCUUUACCUUUGGGAAAAGUUAAAUCAACUACUGAUCGAGAUCAUCGCAUUAUAUUACAACCAGGUGAUUUAGUAAGGUGUAAAUAUACCUUUAGCCCAAGAGUUGAAGGGAAUUUUAAUUUAAAACGAUAUGUUGAAGUUAAAGGAUGGCCGGCAUCUCAAGUAGUGAUUACUGUUAGCGGCAUUUGUGAUGUACCAAGAUUGGACAGUCGCCCGAAAAAAAUGUUUAAAGAUUUUGUCAGGAGAACAGUAGAAGAUAAGAUAUAUAAAGUAACAUAUUUAGAUGAUGCAAAAAUAUUUCAAUUUGGUCCAAUCUUCACAGGCAAUAAUCGAAUAUACGAAGAAACGUAUUCAAUUGAUUUGAAGAAUUCUUCCUUGAUCACCGCUUAUGUUGAGGUGGAAUUUUUGGGGGAAACUGAUGUUUUCCUUUUCGACCAGCGCCGUUUAACGUUAGAGCCUGAAAGUCGAGGAAAAUUAACAAUAUCAGCUGCGCCGGCGGAGGUGGGAGAGCAUAAGAACGUUCUCAUGUUUUGUGUCAAGAACAAUCCGGAGAUUGUCACAGUAAACAUAGCUUGUAGCGGAGUUAUCCCAAUAGUUGAAGUAUUGCCGAGUACCAAAAUUAUUGAUUACGGUAAACAUUUACUUUACCGUCGCAAAGAUGACAGAUUUAUUGUCAAGAACGAUUCCAUUUUACCAAUAAAAUGGAAAAUAAGGAACGCUGACGAUUUCCUGGAAGAUUUUAUAAUAUCUCAAACGUCUGGUAUCAUACCUAGAUAUGAUAAUCAAGUAGUGCCUGUAACUUACAUCGCUUGCCAAGUUGGAGUCAUAUCACACAAGAUGUUGACUGUCGAUAUAUAUGAUUCAGAAGGGCGUGGCGACCCAAUGAUCGUGGAUUCCUUAUAUCUCUCGGCCGAAUGCUACGACGUGAUGGUAGACUGCGCUUACGAAAAUGUAGCAGAAAGUUUUCUCAACUUUGGAAAUGUUAAAGUCAAUUCGACAGUUGCGCGUGAAAUGUAUCUAUUCAACCGCGGGAAAUACAAUAUUUUUUACAAGUUGAAGAAAGUAAAGAACUUCCCGGAACCAGCUCUGUUGAAGUCUUUUGAAGCUAAUCCUGAAAGUGGAAUGUUACCCGCUGCAACUAAACUGGUUACUGUAGAAUUUGAAUGCACGCCUACAGCUUCAUUGAAUUUAGUUAAUGUUCCUGCCUACACUUGUACAUUGUUAGAUGGUAGCAAAACUCAAAUGAUUGUCGCUAAAUUCCCUAUCUGUGUUACAAUUGCAUCCUUUUAUAACACUUUUACCCUUUUUCCAUUGGGUGAAUUGAAUUUCCAUGUUCUACCAGUUGGAGAGGGUGUAAAAAGAGACGUCAUUCUCAACAAUACCAGCAAAUGUCCGUUCAUUUAUGAAAUUAUUUUGCCACCUGAAUAUCAAGUGGAUCCCGAUUCCGCAGUGCAACCAAAAUUAAAAGAUAACAAAAUAAAAAAUCCACCUCUGAGAUGCGGAAACUUUGUAAUAAUGAACGAAGACAAUCUUCUCGCUCCUUCCACGAGCAGAGUUAUUCAAAUACAGUUUUUAGCGACGGCGCCAAAGAAAUUUGUAGAAACCAUACAUUUCGUUGUCAGCGAUACUUGCCCCGCAGAAGCCAAUGGAGUUCCGUUAAGAUUAGUAGGAACUGGAGCUCUACCAAUACUCGAUUUUUGGAAUUUGGAAACGACAUUUAGAGAACAUAUGAUUGUUAAAAAUCUAUCAGAGUAUCCAGUCCCAGAGGAUUACAGAGCAGUAUUGGAAGUAAAUUUAAAGAAGCUGGAGGGCCAAAAUCAAAGCUUUAGGAUAUGCAUAAUUGGAGAAGGGGUUAUACCUAGAAUACAACUAGUGACGCCUAAAGUAAAAAGUAACAGAUUUACGACACUGCAAUUUCCAGUUACAUGCUUGGGUUCUGUCACUUGUCGACAUGUAUCGUUUAAGAAUAUAAGUCCUGUGAAUGCCACAGUUAUUGCAGAUAUUAUUUCGUCAAUUGAUGAAGGGCGGCCAUUGUUUUGGCUUACAGCGGCACCUGAUACACAUUUUGUAGUCCUCGACGGAAACAAUGAUAAUGUGAAUGUCAGUUUGAAAAUAUCAAUAAAACCGAAUGAAAUUGUAACACUUUACGUGCAUUUCAGUCCGCUACAAAAAGGGAAAACGCAUUGUGAUAUCGUGCUUUCCGUUGUUAAUAAUCCAUUUGAAAAGUAUACGAUAUUAUGUGAAGCUGAAGCAUUUAUGGAAGAUGUCAUACUAAUGGGACUCGAAAUGCUUUCGAUGGACAUCGACCUAGAAACAUAUAAAUAUUCAGAAAGAUCAACAGUAUCCACAACGGAUACGAGGCGCCGAAGCAAAUCUUCGUCAGAUAAAAAGAAAUUGAAAUUUAGCGACCCGAAGAAAAGUAAAAAAGUUUCUCAAGCAUCUAUUAAACAUAGUGAAACUGAAUCUUUUGCAGAAACUCCUGUUCUUAAAUAUCUUUUGGACUUAGGUGGCUGUCAAUUAUGUUUUACACAAAAGAGGUCAAUAAUAAUGGUGAACAAUUCCGAAAAAGUAUACAAAUUUAUUUGGGUUGAUUGCGACUAUGUUAUUGUAAGACCAUCUACGGGAUACAUUUCUCCAGGCGAAGAGAAAGACUUGGAAGUUAUUUUCUAUUCUUCUCAACCGAUUGAUCUUGAAAAGGAGAUUGUGACUUGUUCGUUAACAGUAGUCAGUGAUGAUUUUCUGACGGCUGAUUUAAGAGAACUAACAUGGGAUAAUAGACAAACUAUUACGAUAUUUAAUCGUAACAGAGAUGCACAAAUAAAUGAACGAUGUGACACAAUAAUAGAAGAUCAAACUUCUUCAAUAGCAAACGAAUUAAGCGGAAAUAUAACAAUAGUUAUUAUUUAUUCAGUCAAAACUGAGUAUACAAAAUAUAAAUGUGAUUUAGAAGAAGAAAAAACUUUAAAAGACACUUUUAUUUACCAGAAAAGAAGUUUUGAUUUCAAAGUGGAAAACAUAGGAAGAGUGGCUAUGAAAAUUUUAUGGAAUUUCAUUGUAGAUGACGAAUUUCCUGUUAGAAUCAAGAAGUCUGCCUUGAUGGAUGCUACGACAGGGUCUUCUGAAAGUUUACACAUAACGAAUGAAACAGACACAGGUGUUGUAGAAAAAGUUUUUGAACAUAUUAAUAAUGAUCCUAGCAAGAUGACAUUAUUUAGCGGUAGUUUAAGCAGGGACAGUGUGGAUACUUGGUUCGAAGUUGAUUUACCGUUCCACAUAGAACCUGAAAAAGCAUGUUUGAAUCCUAACGAAAAUCAAAUCUUCAAAGUAACUUUUUCACCGCAAGAUGCAUUUUUAUUUAAAGUUAGAUUACAAAGCACUAUAGAUAAUUUAGAUCCAUAUGAUCAAAAUAUAACCUGCAAAAUGACAGCUAGAUCGUUUAUCCCUUACGUACAUCUGGAUAUUGAAGAAAGUGAUUACUUAACAUCGGGGAAAAGAAAGGCGACCGGAGCGUUACCCGCAAAUACAAUGGUGUUAGAAUUUAAAGUCCUUGGACCAGGAUGCUAUAAAAAAUCGUUUAGUGUAAUUAAUCCUACAAGCCAAUCGUAUGAAUUCAUAUUCGAAGUUGUGAUGUCGGAGGCGCAAGAAUUUGUUCCCGUCCAUUGCAAUAAAUUGAAAGGUUAUGUGGAGGGCGGUACAUCCACUGACGUAGUAUUUUCAUUUUCGCCGCCAGCACCUGGGGUUUACGAAUCCCAAUGGAAAUUUAUAAUUCCUAUCCAUUCGCUGGUAAUAAAUUUACUAGUUGUAGGUUUUGUAAGGGAAUCGAAUGUUGUAUUCGUACCCACGAUUUUAUUGAUAAGAAAUUCUCUGGUUGGAUUUACAAGUGAAAACGUGGUUAAAUUAAAGAAUAACGAGGACGAAUGUCUAACGUUCGAAUUUAAAGGGAAUUCGCUCUGUGAUGAAUCCGGAGAAACGCCUGUGGUGAUAAUGCCCGAACGUGGAAUAUUAAAACCACACUCUGAAACACCGAUCAAUAUUAUUUAUACUCCGAUAUACGAUGGUCCGUUAUCGUUUAAGAUUUUCUGCAGUAUAAAACAUUUGACGAAAGUCUUGACAUUGUGUGUUAAUGCUCUAAGCUACUCUAUAAAACCUAUAGUUACGUAUUACCUUAUUGGUAAUGAGCACACGCUUAAGAGUGAAGCUGUUACGAAUAUUCAUUUGGAUAAAACUGCAUCAACCUAUGAAAGAACAGUUCCGUUCGUGAUAAAAAACGAUGGUUCCGCGACAUUUUUCUUCGAGUGGCAUUACUCCAGUACGCCGGUCAAGAAGUAUUUGAAAGUUGACAUAGAACCGAGCAUCGGUCACGUCACGCCCGGGAACCAAGUCGAGUGCAUUCUGCAUUUUAAUCUUAAACAAGUGCCUGUGCAUGCUUUCCCUGUUACAUUGUCUAUAGUAGACGGUCCAGAAUACGAAAUUUAUCUUCAUGCGGAAAUUGAAAAGCCUAAAUAUCAUUUUUCGUGUAUGGAAUUUGAUUUUGGAAAAUGUAUAGUAAAUGCCCCGGAGACUACGUAUAAGAAAAAUAUUGCUUUUGAAAAUUCUGAUGAAGUACCUUUAACCAUUGACCUAAACUUUGCAAACUUACCGGAGCUGUACGUGCAGUAUAACAAAGAGUACGCGGUAGAGCCUAGAGGACGUAUGAAAAUAUCUAUUUACUUCCGUCCCAAAGAAGUCAAAGUGUAUGAAUUCAAAUUACAAUUCUGGGUGAAUACGUUAUGUGAAGAAAUUGUUACCAUUAGAGGAGAAGGCGUACCGUUGCUGUUUGAUUUAUACGAUGGCUGUCAGAAAAGCUUUGACUUGGGCCCUGUUAAAGUUGGUGAUAAGAUAGUGCGUCAAAUAGAAGUAAUGAAUCAUAGUAAAGUGCCGAUAGAUGCGAGCUUCUCUUUUAAAGACACGUACGCUUUAGUCGACGAUACGACUAAGUCUGAGGCGACAAGCAUUUGUUUAGGAUUCAGAGCCAGUGUUCAAGGAAGCGAUCCUGGCCAUGAUAGGGAUGAAAUGCUAAAAGCUUACAAGGAGGAUAAAAUUCAAGAGCAAAUAGCUUUAGAUAUCCAGAAUGCACUCUCAUCAUUAAAAGUUAUACCAAAUAAAUGCACCAUACAACCUUACCAUAAGGUUCCUUUGAAGAUACAAUUCAAGCCUGUUGGGAUUAUGACUAAAUUGAACGUUCAGUUAAUGAUGAAAGUGUUUCAUUUCGAACGUCCUUUGGUACAACUGAGCGGCAGUGCGACGGGCAUGAGCCUUUGCCUCAGUCAGAACUCUUUACAAUUCGGCCGCGUUCGUAAACGAGGCUGCAAAAUAUUGAAAGUCAUGUUACAGAAUAAAGGAGAUUUUAGCGCUCGGUUCUGGUGGCAGCCACUGAAAACAGCCGAAUUCACGAUAUCUCCCAUAGAAGGUAACAUCGCCGCGCGCACUGAUGUUACCUUCACUGUUACCUUCAGGCCGGCAAACAAUAAUCCGUUUAUUAAAGUUUGGGCUAGUUGCAACAUUGAAAAUUACAAGCCUUUAGAGCUAGCUCUGUACGCGACGUGCAUUGACGCCGGAGCCGUGCAGAAUAAGACUAUCAUCAUGGAAUGUCCCGUCAGAGAAAUACAGACUGAACAUCUUGUGGUCACUAACCCAACGGAUGAAAUGUGGCUGGUGUUGUCGGAAGUGACAGGGGAUGCAUUUACCACGCUUAAAGAGUUUAAUGUUGAAGCUAACACGACAUUCGAUAUACCUAUUUACUUCAAGCCCAAAUAUUUCGGGAAACAUGAGGGUCAAGUUUUGUACUCACCUCUUGGAGAAAGCGCUCUCUUUAUCAAUCUCAUCGGUAUCGCCACACAUCCGAACCCCAACGGGAAUCUAUCACUUAUUGUCAAGGAAAAGGAUGUGCAUACUGAAGAAUUGUUAGUUUAUAAUAUUACAGAGUUUCCCGAAUCGUACAUUGUUACGUCGGAAAUUGUAAAGAUUUUUCCGGAUAAGUACGAGGGCUACUAUGAGAUAAAACAUCCGGACACCAUCAAGGUGUGGGGCGAGGCGACGGCGAUCUGCCGCUGGUCCUUUGUUUGUUAUGAACAAUGCGAAAUGGAGGCAAAGGUUACAUUUACAAACGAAGAAACACGCGAAUAUCAAUUCUAUAACAUUACAAUAACAGUGAUACCUAGUGGAAUCAAGGGAACCAUGAUAUUUGAGUCUCGCGCGCGGGAGUCUGUGCAGAAAGAGCUGUCGAUCUUCAACCCUCUUAGUACAGAGGCUGAGUUCAACAUUCAUUGUGAAAAUUUAGAUAGCUGUGAAGUGAUUAAGAUUAACAGGAAUUCUAAAGCGCCUAUAACUUUGACGUACGCUCCACUUGUGGUGGGUGAAACGGAGGAAUACCUACAAGUUUUUAACCCACUAGUCGGCGCUUAUAUGUACAAAGUGACGCUAAUAUGUUUGCCAGCUAAGGAAAAGAAUUUAGAAUUUACGACGUCAAUUGGAUCCUCCGUCCCUCUUAGGUUAAGGGUGCAGAAUAAGACAGAUCUCAAAACGGAGUUUAAUAUUACGGUUUCCCAUCCUUCGAUUAUAAUUGAUGAAAAAUACGCACUUGGUCCCUUUGAGAAAGGUAAAGUCCAGGCUUGGUUCGAGCCAAUUGAAAUUGGCUGCCAAGAUUGCAGGGUUUCUUUGAACUCACCUACUGCAGGGGAAUUUGUGUACAAUAUAAAAGGUAUUGGCACGAAACCGAAACCUCAAGGGCCGUACUUGGUGAAAAGAGGUGAUUUCACGACAAUUACGUUCAAAAACGUCUUUAUGGACACGAGAACUUUCAAAUUUAGUGUCGAUCAAGAAGAAUUUUAUUUAAAAUCAGUAUACGAAACUGUGAAACCAAAGAAGGAGUUAUAUAUGCCAGUUUACCUUAUUCAAACACCAGAUGACGAAGUUCCUACUGGAUGUCUCACCAUAGAGACCCAUGAGCCGAGCGAACCAAAAGUUCAGUGGACUUUCUUCCUACAAGGCGUACCUUAA